GCAAAUGACGGAAACUGGCCGGGGACUCGUCUGGAAGGGGCGAGACGAGGGCGGUCCCGUCGCGCGUCACGAUGACUUCCGCUCCUGCGCCGCGGGCUUUCGCGAAUUUAUGCCCUCCGUGCUCUGGGGCCCGGUGACAGGGAGCUCCCUCCACCGGAAAGGGUGGGCGAAGCGAGCUGCCUCAUCCGGCGGUCUGUGUCACAUCGGCCGCGGAACGCUGGUACUGGGUUUCCUGAGGCGGAGGGUCAGGCAGCCGAGUGCAGCGCACUGAGGGUCGUGACCGUCCAGAUAGAUCCUCGACGGAUCGGUCGCCCCUGCAGUUGUCCAGAGGCUAUCGCUUGCAGAGAGCGAGUAUCCUGUGCGGCCAGCUUGCGAAGAUAUGGAUCAGAAACUUUCACAGUUGAUAGAGGAGCUCACAACUUCAGGAGAAUCCCAACUGAAUGCUCAGAAAAUGAAGGAACUGAAGAAAAUUUGCAAGUCUUCCGAGGAGCAGCUGAGCCAUGCCUACCACCUGCUGAAGACACAGCUGACCCAGGACCAUGCUGAGAUCCGCCUCUCAGCCUUCCAGAUCGUGGAUGCGCUCUUCACCAGGUCUCACCAGUUCAGAGUGCUGCUCGUUUCUGACUUCCAGGAAUUCCUAGAGCUCACUCUGGGCACAGAUAAUGACAAUCCCCUGCCACCCCCACGGGAGGCAGCCCAGAGGCUAAAGCAGGCAGCCAUGCAGGCUGUGGAAGGUUGGAAUGAGAAGUUCGGGGAGGCCUAUAAGAAGCUAGCCUUGGGCUACCACUUCCUAAAGCACACCAAAAAGGUGGAUUUUCGGGAUGUUGAUGCUAGGACUGUGGCAGAAAGGAAGCGUGAAGAGGAGAAGCAGAAACACCUGGAUAGAAUCCACAGAGAAAGUGCUGAGCGGGCUAAGAGGGAGAUGGAAGAAAUGUCUGAUGAAAUCCGAUCCUGCCUGACGGAAGUGGAGAACUGCUUUAAGCUGCUGGUGCCCUUGGACUUGGGCCCAUACCCAGAGGAUAAAUUCUUUGCUGAGGCAUCUGGCAUAACAGAGGGCCAUGUUCCUUGCACCUUGAGCCCAGACUUUGCAACUUCUUGUGAGUCUGGUCUCCCGGGAUCCCAGAAUGAAGAGCAGCCAUGCUGUAGCAAGGACCUGGUUGCCUCCGCAUACCAUGUAGGAUCUGUUGUCAGUCUGAAGACACUAGCCCAAACAGCUGAGGAAGACCCCUCCAGGGAUGAGGAUGAGCACAGUGACCCAGAGGAGUUCCUGAGGAGCCAUGGGCUGGGAUCCCACAAGUACACACUGGACGUGGAACUCCCCUCAGAUGGUCUGAAGGUGCAAGAGAAUGAGGACAACCUGGCUGUCCUCCAUGCUGCUCGAGACUCACUCAAACUCAUUCAGAACAAGUUUCUGCCAACUGUGUGCUCCUGGGUCCAGCGGUUUACCCGUGCAGGAAUCUACAGUGGACACUUAAAACAGGCCAUUGACCUGAAAAUGGAAUUGGAACUUGCUCUGAAGAAAUAUGAGGAACUGAACAUCCAGCCUGAGAAAGGGCAGAGGAGCAGGACAGGAGCCCUGGAGGACAGCGAGGAUGAGGAUCAGGACUUCGUGGACGUCCCAGAGAAGGAGGGUUAUGAACCUCGAAUCCCUGACCACCUCCGGGCUGAAUAUGGGCUGGAGCCAAAGGCCUCACUGAAGACUCUAGAGAAAGGUACAGCUGUGUGCAGCUUACAGGAGAGGACAAGGAUGAGAAAGGAAGAGGAGGCAUCAGACCCCACCUCUGCAGCUGCCCAGCUGUUGCGGCUCCAGGACUGCUUGCCAUCCACCUCACCCUCCUCUGCCAGGUUACUUCUGGGGCCAGAGGAAGCCCAGAAGCAGGCAGAGCGGGCCCGAGCACCCAUUGUACCCUUUGGAGUGGACCUGUGUUACUGGGGCCAGGAGAAACUAACAGCUGGGAAGAUCCUUAAAUCUGACUCUCAACACCGCUUCUGGAAACCCAGCGAGGUAGAGGAGGAGGUGGACAGUGCCCACGUCUCUGAGAUGCUCCAUAGCCGACACAUUACCUUUGCAGGGAAGUUCGAGCCUGUGCAGCACCAGUGCCGGGCCCUGAAGCCUAAUGGCAGGCUCUGUGAGCGCCAGGAUCGGCUGAAGUGCCCAUUCCAUGGGAAGAUCAUCCCCAGAGAUGACAAGGGGCAGCCCCUCAACCCAGAGGACAGAGCCCGUGAACAAAGGCAGCAGCUUCAGCAGCAGCAGGCGCAUCCAGAUUGGCAGGACCCUGAGUUUAUGAAGGACGUGGAGGCAGCCACAGGGGUGGACCUCGGCUCAUCCAGGUAUAGCAAGAAGGGCAAAGGGAAAAAGAAGAAGCACCCCAACCUCACCGACCUGCGAGAGCGUGCCAACACCUCCCGGGCCCGCCUGGAGAAGAAGGUCUUUGCCAAGGCAGCCGUGCAGAGAGUAGUCGCUGCCAUGAACCAGAUGGACCAGAAGAAACAUGAGAAGUUUGCAAACCAGUUUAAUUACGCACUGAAUUAAAAGAGUGUGGGACGAAUGUGCUGUGGUCCCCUUUGGCCAUCAGCUCUUUUCUAUUCACCAGCUUACUAGGAGAAUAGGGUCAGGUCUGGUUAGAAUCCGAACUUGCUUUUUAUGUAUGUAACUAACAGUGGAAAAUGGUGCAUUGCAAUACUCUCCAGUAGGCCAGGAAACUUAGCUUAGUGGUAAGACCAAGGUUUGGUUUUCAACAAUUUGGACCAUGCAUAUGGCACCAUACCUAUAAUCCCAGCACUUGGGGACAUAAACAGGACUGUGAGUUCUAGGCCAGUAUGGAUUACAGAGCAAGGCUGCUUGAACAACAACAAAAAGCAGUAUGAGGUGAUGCACACCUAUAAUCCUAGCCCUUAGGAGGCAGAGCAGGAGAAUCAACACAAGUUAAAAACUAGCCUAGUAUAUAUAGUAAGUUACAGGCCAGCCAGACUUUGUAAGGAGAGUGUGUUUCCCGGGGGAGGGGGGGGUAGUGGUGGGGGGAGCCCUCAGGAUAGCCUACCGCAUUGGAGUCAGGGGUAAAGGCAGGCACCCAUCCGGUUGCGGGUCAAGCCUUGGGCAAUAAGUGUGUCCCCAUUAGGGCUAUGUACUUUAUGAUGGCUUUAGAAACCCACUCUUUCAUGCAUAUGCUGUUUAAUACAGAUACACAACUCCUAGCCUACAAUUCUGUGGAAUGGCUCUCUUGAGCCCUAACUCACAUAUCGUGCCGCCUGCCUAGUACAUGCACAGACGUAUAACCAAUGACACUAUCUGCUUCCAGAACUUUAUCACCCUAGGACGAACUGCCUGCCACCCACCCCUAAGCCCCCUUUCUGCUUCAGGAUUUGUGUUUUCUAGAAUAAUUGGGUCUGUGGCUUUUUGUUUUGUUUUGUUUGAGAUGUGGUCUCUUAAUGUAGUUCUGACAUUCCUAGAGCUCAGUACGUAGACGAGGCUGGUCUUGAACUCACAGAGAUACUCCUGCCUCUGCCUCCUGAGUGCUGGGAUUAAAGGCAUGCGCCACCACACAUGGCUGAGUCCGUGGCCUUUUGUUUCUGGCUUCUUUCCCUUUAUUUAAGGUUCUUCCAUGUUGUAAUACGUACCAAUACUUCAUGUCCACCAACCCAGCCUUACAGAGAGUGCUGGAAGCAGUACUUUGGACAGAGGAGAGGAGUGCGCAUAGUUAAGAGACUACAGAGAGAAAAGAGGUGAAGUGUAAUUACUGAAACACAAAAUAGGACGAAGAACACAAAACAACAGUAGCCAACACACACCGUGAAUGGACAACUCUGUAAUGUCCUCAGCUCCCCAGUCAGGGACGCUGGUUAGGUAACUGGAUGAAGAACCCACCUUCAAAGACCAGAAGUAACAGAAUACGGAAAAAAAGGAUUCUAAGCAAAUGGGACCAGAAGCAAGUAGGCGUCACUACCUUUUUCUUUUUCUUUUUUUCUUUUUUUUUCUUUUUUGUUGUUGUUGCUGGUUUUUUCGAGACAGGGUUUCUCCAUGUAGUUUUGGUGCCUUUCCUGGAUCUCGCUCUGUAGACCAGGCUGGCCUCGAACUCACAGAGAUCCGCCUAGCUCUGCCUCCUGAGUGCUGGGAUUAAAGGCAUGCACCACCACCACUGCCAGGCUUUAUUUUUAUUUUCUUAAGACAGUGUCUCACUAUGUAGUCCUGGCUUGCUAUAUAAACCAGGUGGGUUUAUAUAGCUCACAGAGAUCUGCCUGCUUCUGCCUUCCAAGAGGUGGAAUUAAAGCCAUGCACCACCUUGACAGGUCAGUAUUGCUGUUUUAAUAUCUGACAAAAUAACCAGGCAGUGGUGGUGGUAUGCGCCUUUAAUCCUACCUAGCACUUGGGAGGCAGAGGCAGGUGAAUCUCUAUGAGUUCAAGGCUAGCCUGGUCUAUAUAGUGAGUUCCAGGACAGCUGGGCUAACAAAAUAACCCUGUCUUGAAACACACACACACACACACACACACACACACACACACACACACACACACACACACGUAUACACACUUCAGACUAAAAUUAAUCAGAAGAGAUAAAGGACACUUCAUUCAUACAUUACAGUUCUGUAUGCACCAAACUCUGGCACACCCAAUUUCAUAAGAAACAUACUAUUGAACUUAAAGACAGGUUACUCCAAUUCAAUAUUAGUGGGUGAUUUCAGUACCCCACUUUUUCCAGUAGACAGGUCAUCUGUACAAAAAAAAUUAACAGAAACAUCAGAAUUAAGUGAUAUCAUACAUCAAAUGGAACUAACAAAUAUGUACAGAAUGUUUCACCUGAAUACUAAAGAAUAUACAUUCUACUCAGCAGGCCAUGGAUCCUUCUCUAAAAUAGAUAACACAGGCCAGGAGGUGGUGGCACAUGCCUUUAAUCCAACCACUCAGGAGGCAGAUGCAGACUGAUCUCUGAGUUCAAGGCCAGCCUAGUCUUCAGAAUAAGUUCCAGGAUAGCCAGGGCUACACAGAGAAACCCUGUCUCAACCUCCCUACCCCCCCCCCAAAAAAAAAUCAGAAAAAGCAUAAAUAAGUGACUUGAUGUAAUUCAGUGAUUUGGAAAAACAAGAACAAACCAAACCCAAAUCCAAUAGAGGGGAAUAAAUAAAUAAUAAAUAAUAAAAACAGCAUAAAUUAAUGAAAUGAAAAGAAAACACAAAGAAUUAAUGACUCUAAAAGCUGAUUCUUUGACAAGCUAUCAGCAGAUCCCUGGCCCAACUAACCAAAGAAGCAAAGACAUGAUUCAAGUUAAUAGAAUUAGAGUUGAGCAGGGGAGCAUCACAACAAACACCAAUGAAUUCAGAGUGCUGUAAGGGAAUACUUUCUCCACUGGGUUAGAACCUCUAAAGUGGACAAGACACACAUAUGGUGCACCUGCAUGCAAGCAAAACACGCAUAAAUUCUUCAAAGAAUUUUUAAUGUGAUGGGUGUUUUGCCUGCAUGUAUGUCUGUGCACCACGUUUAUCCUGGUUCCUACAGAAGCCAGAGAGGCGCUGAAAUCCCCUGGAGUUAAGUUAACUGGAGUUCAGUUGUUAGCUGUUUUGUGGGUGCUGGGACUUGAACCCGAGACCUGGACGAGAGCCAGUGCUCUUACCUGCUGAGCCAGCCAUCUUGUAUCUGACUCUCCUUCUUCUUUUUUUUUUUUUUUUUUUUUGGUUUUUCGAGACAGGGUUUCUCUGUGUAGCUUUGCGCCUUUCCUGGGACUCACUUGGUAGCCCAGGCUGGCCUCGAACUCACAGAGAUCCGCCUGGCUCUGCCUCCCGAGUGCUGGGAUUAAAGGCGUGCGCCACCACCGCCCGGCUUCCUUCUUCUUUUUUAAUGUCAGCGAUCUUAGUGAAAAGUACGGUUUUGAUUUCCAGUUUUCUAAUGACUGAUGGCAGGAUCUGUGUUUAUUGGCCACUUGUAUCUGCUCAAAUGACUUCUCGUUUUCAAUUGUGUUGUCUGUAAGAGUUUUGUAGAUAUUCUGAACACUGCAUCCCUAUAUAAUUUGCAAAUAUUUUCUUCUUGUCUUUUCAUCCUUUAAUCUUUUUAAAUUACAUUGUGUGUGUGUGUGUGUGUGUACACGUGUACACAUAUGUAAGGAGAUCAGAAGACAGCCUUCAAAGAGUCCAUUCUUUCCUUCCACCAUAUGGGUCCUGGGGAUUGAACUCAGAUCAGAAGGCUUAACAGCAAGUGCCUUUACCCACUGAACCAUCUCACUGGCCCCAAAGUUUUUCAUUUUAAUAAAGUUCAUUUAUAUAUUUAUUUUUGUUGUUUGUGCUGUUGGUAUCAUUUCUCAUAUAUAUAUAUAUAUAUAUAUAUAUAUAUAUAUAUAUAUAUAUAAUGUAACAUAUGUAUUUCUCAAUUUCAAGUCACAGAGAUUUACUCCUAGUGAGUGUUCUGAGAUUUUUAUUUGUUUUGUUGCUUUGUAUUUUUUGAGACAGGGUCUUUCUACAUAGCUCUGGCUGUACUGGAACUCACUUUGUAGACCAGGCUGGUCUCUAACUCACAGAGAUCUGUCUGCCUCUGACUCCUGAGUGCUGGGAUUAAAGGAGUGUGCCACUACAUCUGGCUUUCUUCUGAGAAUUGUAUAGUUUUAGCUCUUGCAUGUAAAAUUUUACCCAUUUUGAACCAAGUUUUUUUGUGUGCUGUGAGGUAGGGCCAGCUUCGUUGUUUGCGUUCAGGACUCUAGUUGUCCUUGCACCCUUGGUGAAAAGAUUAUCCUUUCCUUUACAUCAUCUUUUGAUUGCUAACCAUUGUAAUCAUUGGUCGUUGUCUUAGUUAGGGUUACUACAGCUGUGAUGAAACACCAUGACCAAAGCAAGCUGGGGAGGAGAGGGUAUAUUCAGCUUAUGCGUCCACAUCACAAUUCAUCAUCAAAGGAAGUCAGGACAGGAACUCAGGAAGGGCUGGAGGCAGGAGCUGAUGCAGAGGCCAUGGAAGGGUGCUACUUAUUGGCUUGCUCAGCCUGCUUUCUUAGAGAAUCUAGGACCACCAGCCCAGGAAUAGCACCACCCGCAAAGGGCUAGGCUCUCCUCCAUCAAUCACUAAUUAAGAAAUACAGGCUUACCUUAGAACCUGAUCUUAUGGAGGCAUUUUCUCAACUGAGGCUUCCUCCUCUCUGAUAACUCUAGCUUGUGUCAAAUUGCCAUAAAGCUAGCCAGACACCUUGAUGUGGGCUUGUGGUUUGUUUCUGGGCUCCUAUUUCUUCUCCCAUUGACAUCCAUAGCAAUGCCAAGACUGUGGUCCUUAAUUAUCGUAGCCACAUGGUAAGCUUUGGUUUGGAUAGGUGUGAGCAUCCCUGCUGCUGUGUUUCUAGAGUUGGCUUUUCUAAGUCCACAUAGUUCCAAAUGAAUUUUAGGAUCAAGUUUUCAGUUUCUGCUCUACCUCCCAGGAGGUAAAACUUUGACAGGGAUUUCAUUCAGUUUGAUAUCACUUUGGGAAAUUGUGACCUAAUACUUAUGAUUCAUGAACUUCUGGUAGCAUUCCAUUUAAUUGAGUUGUUUAUUUUCAGUGUUUUACAGUUUUUUAUAGGUCACUUCUUUAAAAAAAAAUCCCUAAGUACUUUAACACUUUUAUACAUAUUAUUGUUCUAAGUUCUCUGUUUAGAUUAUUUGUUGCUAAUGUACAAAAAUACAGUUGAUUUUUAUUUUGA